GAUCAGGUGAGAGAGAGUGGAGUAAGUGAGAGAGAGUGGAGCAAGUGAGAGAGAGUGGAGCAAGUAAGAGAGAGAGAGUGAGUGAGGGGGAGAGAGAGAGCGAGGGGGAGCGAGCGAGAGAGAGAGUGAGUGAGAGAGACCGAGAGAGACAGAGUGUGAGAGUCGCUCCUGCCCUCUGUCUUUACACACUGCUGCCUGUGUGUGCGCCGUCUCUCCUUGCCUGCACUCUCUCACACACACACACUCACGCAGACGCACGCUCACACAGACUGAGGGAGAGAGCGGAUAGAGCGAGCAAGAGAGAGAGGAGGGAGAACACAUCGCAGCAGAGAUGCAGCAGGAGGUUUUCCGAGGUUUUGGGGGCUGGUCAUGGUGUCCUGGCUGGAGGUGUUGGACCCCCUCCACGCAGGUCUCUUCUUGCUACGCCUGAACGAGCAGCGCCUGCCCGCCGGGCCCACCCUCUUCUGUGACGUCAACCUCAUCGCCACCAGCGACGCCAAGUUGGCCGCCUGCUGCCAGUACUUCCGCCAGCUGCUGCUGUCGACGUCUUCCCCACCGCCUACGACUCCUGUAUUAGGCAGCCACCACCCGCCGUCUACCCCCUCUUCCAGGCUCAUCCAGGGGGCUGAGCUGGACCUGCCUAACCUCCAGUCCUGUGUGCUGUCCAACCUGCUUGACUUCAUCUACUCCUCCCGUGUUGCCCGCAAGGGCUCCAAGGGGACCAGGCAUCUGUCGGAGGCGGGCCUCAGCCUUAGGGUGCCCAUCUUGACCAAUCUGGUUGAGGAAGAAGAGGAGGCGGAACCAGGGCAGAUGAAGGGUAAAAGCCGGCAGUGCCGAGGAGGGGAGGCCAUGAUGGAGGGGCUGAUGAAUGAUGAGGCAGACGGCCCCGAGAACGCUAAGAUCACCCUCAGCUUCCCCCUCAGUGCCGCCCUGCCCGCCGCCCUCACCGUUCACAACCACCGCCCCUCCUCAGCCACAUCCUACCCCCGCCGCCGACACUCCUCCUCAGCCUCCAAGGCGUCCAACGAGGUGUCAGCGUGGAAACUGGAUGCCACCACCACAGACAAACGGCGGCCCUUUAACCCCCCCCAGCGGGACAGCUCCCCGUCCUCUUCCUCCGCCUCCUCUUCCCCUUCCUCCUCUUCCUCUCCUAUGGAUCUUACCGCACUGGUCAAAAAGGACAUCAAAUCCCCCCCACCUCUUUUCAAAGCCGGUCUGGACUCCCAGUUCCACAGGUUCCCCCCCAGGUCUUCCAAUGGGCCUUUAGGUGGUUACCCAGGGGAGGGUCACAGACUGACCAAUGGCACGGCCUCACCCUCAAAGACUGCACAGAUCCUGUUCAACCUGAGUACCGUGGCCUAUCGGGGCCAGGGGGGGCGGGGCACAGACAGAAAGGAGAAAACAGGGAAAAAAGGAGGGAGGGUGAGCAGCCCCCAAGUUGGAACAAACCUACGUCCACCCAACCUCCACCUUUCUCCUCCUCUUCCUCACCCCUCUGAGUCUUUCACUCUUCCUCCUCACUCCUCCUCCACCCCCCCAGAUGGCCCCGAGCCAGAGCUGAUAUGUGGGGUGUGCCACCGCCUCUUCAGCUCCGCCUUGUCUCUCACGGCCCACAUGCGGCUGCACCGUGGCGGCCGGGCCCUCAGCUGCCAGCACUGUGGCAAAGCCUUCAUCCACAACAAGAGACUGCAGUCCCACGAGGCCUCCUGCACGCACGCUCUGAACCCGGCCCUCCCAUCUAGCAUCCCCCUUCUCCCCAUCCUGGCCAAAGAGGAGCCCCUGGAGGAAGGGGAGGUUAGGGUGGAGGGAGGACAGAUUGUGGGGGCAAGUGAAGAGGAUAUGAAGCCUGGGAAAGGGAAAAAAGGGCGAGGUCUCCUGGUUCGGCAUGAAGGCGACGUGUCAGAGCUGGUGGGGGACGAGGACCACUUCGUCAAGGUGGUGGACGGCCAUGUCAUCUACUUCUGCUCGGUGUGCGAGCGCUCCUACAUGACCCUGUCCAGCCUCAAGCGUCACUCCAACGUGCACUCGUGGCGCCGCAAGUAUCCCUGCCACUUCUGUGACAAGGUGUUCGCCUUGGCCGAGUACCGCACCAAGCACGAGGUGUGGCACACGGGCGAGCGACGCUACCAGUGCAUCUUCUGCUGGGAGGCCUUUGCAACGUACUACAACCUGAAAACCCACCAGAAGGCUUUCCACGGCAUCAGCCCGGGCCUCAUCUCCAGCGAAAAGACAGUCAACGGCGGUUACAAGCAGAAGGUCAAUGCCCUCAAGUUCUACCGCCUGCUUCCUAUGCGUUCCCAGAAGAGACCCUACAAGACCUACAGUGACUCCCUGGCCAACAGCCUGCUGCUGCCCCCGUCUGACCCCUCUGCCGUCCCCUUGCCUCAGCCCCUGGACUGCAGCCUGCCCGGCUCCCUGGACCUUCACAGCCUCAUCAGUUGCUCUCUACCCAAGGGUGUGAAGUCUGACCCUGACGAGUUCCCUGCUGGCUUCCCCCUCUCAGUGGGCCUAGAGCAGGGAGAGAUCCCCACACUGCCCCCCUCCCUAACAGGUAUGGCCUUAGGGAGAGUAGCUGACAGAGAGACAGAGUCAGAGCAGGUAGAUAGCUGUGGCAGCAGCUCCAAAGCAUCCGUUCGUAACAAAGUCAAAACUCCAAAGGUCAGCGGUAGCCCAGAGUUGGGUUUGUCUUCUGUCAUCACAUACGGCCACUCCAAGCCCUCCGUCAUAGUGCAUGGCACAGCGGCGCCAUCCGUCAUUGUCCAUAGCAACCAGGUCACCUCUGGGGCCGGGAAAGGCCCCCUGAGCAGUCCCUCCCCUGAAGCUAGCAACAGCCAGACACUCCCCAAGGUCAGUGCAAAGCCUGUUAAAAUUCACAGGGAAAGUACGGAGAGCCAUAGGAAGAGAGCUAAAUUAGUGGAUAGUUCAGAUGCCACAGAGGAGGGGGAGAGGAGGUCAGAAACAGUUAGGUCCCAUCAUAAGUCCCGCAAGGGGCACAGCAAGAGUGACAGCUCCUCAGCCAAACAGUUGUCCACAGGGUCAGAGGGCAAAGGGGCCGGGCCGCUGUGCCAGAUCACGGUGCGGAUAGGCGAGGAGGCCAUGGUCAAACGCAGCAUCUCCGAGACGGACCUCAAGAGGGACAGGAGCCCCCCUCCUUCCAGAGCCAAAAGGAUGGACUCCUCCCCACAUGACUCCAAGGAACCUCGCCACUCCCACCACCACCACCACAAACACCGCUCCCAUCGCAGCUCUAGUGUCGAAGCUGAGGGGGAGAGAGGAGGAGAUGGGGAGAGAGAAAAUGGAGAGGGGGACAGCCGGAAGAAAAGCCCAAAAGCCACGGGCAAGGUCAGAGAGUACUACUUCCGCCAGGAGGUGCGCAAGCAGGGGCAGAGUGAGGAUGAUGAGGACAACCUCUGGAGGCCCUACUACUCAUACAAGCCCAAGAGGAAGGCCCCUCAUGCCCACAAAACAAAGAACUGGCAACGCAAACUCCACUACAAACGCUCCCUCCGGCUAAUGAGGAGGGCAGAGAGACUCAUGGACCAUGUGAAUAAGGAAGACCAAGAGAAGGAGGAUGGAAAGAUGGAUGAGGUGGAGCAGGAAGUGGGGGAGGUGAAAGAUCACAUGGUGCAGGAGGAGGGAGAGGCACCUGAAUCGUUCAGUACAUCCUCUAUACCUUCAAAAGAGAAGGACAAAGAGGGGGAGGAAGAAAUCGGGGAAGCCCACCUUAAGCUCGCUGAUCCUCCCCUGGUCUCUCCCCAGCCCCCAUUGUCUACCUCAGUCCCCCCUAUGGACACAAAACGCCGGCUCUGGUCCGAUGGAAGUGCGUCGGAGUGCGAUACGUGUGGUCGCUGGUUCUCCAGUUCCAGGAAGCGGGAUAAACACGAGCUUAGCCACCUGCUGGAGUUUGUGUGCCUCCUCUGUAGGGCCCCCUUCCCUUCCAGGGACCAACUAGAGGACCACCAGAGAGCCCAGCACCCCAAAGCCCCCAACCCCUCGUCUGUGCCAUCCCGAGCGGGGUGUCAGUCUCGAGAUGAGGGCAUGGAGACAGAGACGGAGUUAACAGAGGUAGACAGGGCGAGAGAGAGGGUUAUACUAGGAAAGGGAAGUCCAAGUUGCCUAAGCAGGAGGUCAUUGGCGAGACACACCUGUCCCCAGUGCCAUAAGGUGUGCAAGACAUCCUCAGCGCUAAACCGCCACGUGAGGCGCCACGAGUUAAGCAGCUCCCCGGAGAGAGAAAAGGAGGAGACGCAAACAGAGUCAAAAACAGCAGCAGCAGCAGCAGAGACAACAGUUAGCACUGUUAGCAAAGACGUAGACACCACGAGGGACCAUGUUCCCAUUGUUCACUCUGUCCCCGUUAUCAGCUACCCUAUCCCAGAGACACAGCAUAGUAGCGAGGCCAUAGGGCCGCUGCAGUGCGCGAGCCAGCCUAGCGAGGUGAAAGCAGAGCACCAAACUCCAACACUGUGCAGCGGCCCUGAACUCAAAGAACUUAAUGAACUCACAACUCCCAUUCCUGACAGAGAGCCCAGUCCUCAGAUUAUUCAGCCCCCUCCAGAGAUCCCCACAGCCGACCGGCCGACACCAUCUCCCUCCCUCUGCUGCUCCUCGGCCCUCCAGGGUGUGCUGGUCAUGAGCAGCGGAGCUGAAUGUCUGGACUACCGGACCCCCAGGAAGAGGAGUCUGGAGGGGCAGAACCACAGGAGGACCAGCCCUGCACCUGUUACUUCUCCAAAUAUGGCCCCGACCUUGCAGAUGAGAAUCAGCCAUACUGCUGCUCCUCUGUCCGUUGCCAUGACAACAGUGCCCCUCCAAGGGGUCUGUGGUGUGAAGCUGGAGGGUGAUAUUGUGGGAAAAGGACAGAGGGAGGGAUGUGGGAUGGGCCUCCUCCAUCAUGCUGGUUUUAAGAAAUCACCAGUGGCCCAAGAUCUCAGGGUCCCACCCUUGUCCAGGAGCCCCAGUCCCAACCAAGCACAAGACCUGACCAUGUCCUCGAUUCUAGCCAGGGAGAGGGAGGUGGAGAGGGAAAGGCAGAGAGAAUGGGAGAGGGAGAUGAAGAGAGAGCUGGAAAGGGAACAGGAUAUGGAGAGAGAGUUGGAAAGGGGGAGGCAGAGGGAAAGGGAUAUGGACAGAGAGCUGGGAAGGAGGAAGCAGAGGGAGAGGGAGAUGGACAGAGAGCUGGGAAGGGAGAGGCAGAGAGAAAGGGAGAUGGAGAGGGCUCAGCAGUCAAGGGGAGCAUCACUACAGGAGCAGCCCAGAGACAUGGAGGGGACCCUCCUGGUACCCAAAGAGGAGCCGAUUAGUCCCGCACCGUCCCCGAUACACACACCUAUUCAAACUGCUAUUAACAGCCCACCCUUGCAGAGGCGGCCCUCCAAGUUUCCCCGACGCUUCCCCACUGCUAUGGACCUGCUGAUGCAGGCCAAUCAACAGGUUGCCCAGUCCCUGCGUGGCACACAGGGUCUCGGGAGGUUUCAGUUGCCCCCUGGGUCGGUCAGUGGCAGCGACCGCCCUUCUGCCCAUGCCCUGCUGCUCCCCCGGGACCCCACACCGUCCGAAGAAGAGCCCCUGGACCACUCCCCAGCGCCAUCGAGUGACCCUCACAGAGGGGAGGUCACUGCCAGGGGAUACCCCAUGCAGGACUACCCGCUGCCCCUCAUCGUCCAGGGUGGCUACCGCUCUGGCAAGAAGCAGGAGGACAACCUGCUCAUGUCCUACCCGACGGGGCCUCUCUCCUUCGGGCCGCUGGGGAAGAUGGUGCCUACUGGGGAUCUUGCCAAACUGCCGUUCUACCCCGACCCCUACCACCUGCUUUACGGGCCGCAGCUGCUGGCCUACCCCUACAACCUGGCCACCCUGCCUAUGGCUCUGAACAUGAUGGCCCCCGGGGGGGAGAAGGUGGAGCCGUUGCCCUUCCUCCCUGCCCUCUUCAACUACGCUGCUGCAGCUGGUCCCUACGCUGGCAUGGCGCCACACCACCUAGUGGGGAACCCCAGCCUCUACAACAGCAGCGGUGGCAGCAGCAAGAAACAGCGGGACAACAGUAACGGAAAGUUGUAGAAGGUGUAUAUAGAAAUGACAUCUGAGGAAUAUUUCAAAGCGGACGACCAGUCCCUGUAGUGGAGAAGGAAGGGUGCCAUCGGCUCCUUUGUAGUGUGUACACUUGCACAGUCCCCUGCCUCUCUUUUGUAAAGUAGCGAUCAGAGCCAAAGCGUUGAAUCAGGAGGAGGGAUGAUGGGAAGUGGGGGAGUGAAGUAAGAGGAGGAGAGAAAAAAGACAGAUCCAUCAUUCCCCUCUCCUUUCCUCUGGCUCGCUCCAUUCCCCUCUCCUUUCCUCUGGCUCGCCCCAUUCCCCUCUCCUUUCCUCUGGCUCGCCCCAUUCCCCUCUCCUUUCCUCUGGCUCGCCCCAUUCCCCUCUCCUUUCCUCUGGCUCGCCCCAUUCCCCUCUCCUUUCCUCUGGCUCGCCCCAUUCCCCUCUCCUUUCCUCUGGCUCGCCCCAUUCCCCUCUCCUUUCCUCUGGCUCGCCCCAUUCCCCUCUCCUUUCCUCUGGCUCGCCCCAUUCCCCUCUCCUUUCCUCUGGCUCGCCCCAUUCCCCUCUCCUUUCCUCUGGCUCGCCCCAUUC